AUGAAUUGCGCUGGUUGUAAUACAAUCUGCAAGUCGGGGGCGCGGCUGCUGAAUUGUCAUGCCUGUGAAGGAAUCUACCACAUUGAAAUAUUAUUAAAUAUUAAGCAGCAACAUUAUUACUCACUGACAGAAGAAUUUAAGGCAACCUGGAAAUGUCCCUCGUGCAAUAAUAUUACCCGUCGUGGACGAUCCAACUUGCUUACGCCUGUGCGAUCCACGCAAAUACCUUUGGACGAUAACAUGAAUAUGUCAUAUGAAACCGAGGGCAAAGCACCCAUCUCAUCGAACAGUCCCUGUAUUCUGUAUUCUGACUAG